AUGGAAAUAGUGGGGUGCCGAGCCGAAGGAAACGCGUGUCCCUUCCGUUCCCCAGCCAUGCUUUUCCACGGCAUCUCCGGAGGCCACAUCCAGGGGAUCAUGGAGGAGAUGGAGAGGCGGUCCAAGAACGAAUCCCGCCUGGCUAAAGCGGGACAGAUGAACGGCCGGGAAGCGAACAUGCCUCCGCUGAGCCCGGAGAAGCCUGCCCUGUGCGCAGGAUGCGGGGGCAAAAUCUCCGACCGCUACUACUUGUUGGCUGUGGACAAGCAGUGGCACCUCCGCUGCCUGAAGUGCUGUGAAUGUAAACUGGCUUUGGAGUCAGAACUCACCUGCUUUGCCAAGGACGGCAGCAUUUACUGCAAGGAGGAUUAUUACAGAAGGUUCUCCGUGCAGCGCUGUGCCCGCUGCCACCUGGGCAUCUCGGCCUCGGAGAUGGUGAUGCGGGCCCGGGACUCGGUCUACCACCUCAGCUGCUUCACCUGCACCACGUGCAACAAGACGCUGACGACGGGCGACCAUUUUGGCAUGAAGGACAACGUGGUCUAUUGCCGGGCGCACUUCGAGAGCCUGCUCCAGGGCGCCGACCCCGCCUCCUACCCGCCCGCGUCACUCAGCUACACUGAGCUGGCAGCCAAGGGCGGCGGCCUGGCCCUGCCUUACUUCAACGGCACCGGCACCGUCCAGAAAGGGCGGCCCAGGAAGAGGAAGAGCCCGGCUCUGGGCGUCGAUCUGGUCAGCUUCAGUUCAGGUUGUAAUGAAAACGAGGCAGACCAUCUGGACAGAGACCAGCAGCCUUAUCCCCCGUCUCAGAAGACCAAGCGCAUGCGCACUUCUUUUAAACAUCACCAGCUCCGUACCAUGAAGUCCUACUUUGCCAUUAAUCACAAUCCAGAUGCUAAGGACCUCAAGCAGCUUGCCCAGAAGACUGGACUAACUAAGAGAGUUCUGCAGGGAGAACAAAUCUUGGGGCAUUACAGCCAAACAUCCCGACGUUUGAAAAUUCCCUAAAGUAUUAAAAGAAGGGGAAAGUUUGAUCGGAAAUCCACUGCAGUGAAGACAAAGACAAUAUUAGGUUAUGAUAAACCAUACAUUUAAAAUUUAUUGAGCCAAAAAUAAGUUUUUUAAAGACAGACUCAAUGUCAUUUCCUGAAUGUUAACACGACAUAUGUGAUUUGAUGGUGUCUAAUUAAACACUUGGAGGCUGUGUGUGACAUCAGAGCAACCUGGCAGAAUUACCCAGUCCAAUUUGAGAAGAUUUUUUCCUUUUCUAUGAAUCUAUUUAAACUCACAUUUGUCAAGCAAAAAUACCUGUAAAAUAAGAUCCAAAACCUGAAUUCAUUCAUACUGCUUGCCAAUGUGUAUUAGUCAUAUAUGUUCAAUGGCAUUUUGGUAAAUUUAGAGAAGUUUCUCACUCAUUUAAGAUAUUAGGGAUCAACAUUAGUAUUAUUUGUUUCUGACUUAAAAUUUAAAGCAACCUGCAUGCACUUUUUCAUCUGUCACCUAGAAUGUACUUUUUCUGUAUGAUGCAUUUCGCUUUGAUGUUUCCUGUACAGUAGUUUCAUUAAUAAAUAUUUUACUUGAUGCAAACCUAGUUAACCCAGACAUAACUGUUGAAAUUAUUAUUAUUUUUUACAAAUUCAUUUU